GUUUGACCACAAUGUAUAGUGAGUGUAUACUCAUACUCAAUACCGGAGCACCACAUAUACAAACAAUACACCAUCAAUAAUAUAGGCACUCAUCCGCUUAGAUCAACAAGUUAAAGUUCGAAGCCAGAAUGAGUUCGAAUUGGGAAGUAUCUACCACAUCCCAUAAGGGGCGAUACAUAAGGGCGAAAUUACCUCUCACUAGGGGAACUCUGGUAUUGAAAAGCGAUCCAUUUGCAUACACUGUAACUAACAAGCAGAAGGCUCUGAGAUGUUCGGCUUGUUUGAAAGCAAGUGAAGGUCUACGAGGAUGCGGACGAUGUAAAAAGCUUUAUUUUUGUAAUUCCCAGUGUCAGCGGAGAGCAUGGCCUCGACACAAACAGGAGUGCAAAGCCAUCUGCGCCUCUCAGAAGGUGGCGUUGGAUGCAAUGUCGAUUGUAUGCCAUGCCGUGUGGAGGGCUGCAGCGGAUAAGAAGACUCUGUUUGAUUCGGACUUUGGUGUUCUUCAAUCUAAUCGAAGACUACAAAGUACUGACGACGAUGUAGCUCAGGCACCUACCGCCAUGUUGAUACGUACUUAUUUGGAAUCCAGUGGUAUAGAAGCCUCGCAGAUUCCCUCCAUUGGAGAUGCGAUGAAUGCACUAUCCGUGAUCAAAACAAAUAGCUUCACGAUCCUUGAUGAUGAGAUGAUGGAAUGUGGAGUGGGCAUAUAUCCACUUGCUUCUAACUUCAACCACAGUUGCGAUCCGAAUGUGGUGAUUACCUUUAAUGGUUUCGAAUUGCAGGCGAGACUCAUACGAAACGUACACACUGGUGAUGAGAUGACAAUUAGUUACAUUGAUAAUGCAAAGCCACGCGAGGAGCGACGCAAUCAACUGCGGAAACAAUAUUAUUUCAACUGUGACUGUUCUUUGUGCGGCGACACACAAAUGGAUGAUACACACCUAGCAUUUCGAUGUCAGCAACGCGUGGGUGGCAACCAGUGCGAUGCGAUGGUCCCUUUUGACGAUGGUAAACAGCUUGUUGGUGACGAUGCGUUGUGUUCGCAGGGUCAUGUGCAGUCCAUAACGGGUGACCGGAUGAAUAGUACGGCACAGCAUCUAGAUGAUAAGAUUACCGAAGCCAAAUCUGUAUCAGAAAGCGACAGGGCAAUUCAAAUGUGUGAUGAGGUUAUGUGUACCGGCCGCAAGAUCCUGUUCAAGUAUAACACUCAGCUAACAGCCAUAUCAUCAGCGACGUGUGACAUUGCUAUCAAUCAUGGCAGGUUCGACAAGGCAUAUGAUUACGGCAUGGACGGGACACGGGGUCUAUAUAGGAUUUUGAGCGAUGGAUUCGAUCCACGAUUAGGCAUUCAGUGUCUACGGAUGGCGAAACUCGGUGCACACAUAUACACUGAACCAAACGAACAUCUGUACAGGAGAAAGGUCGAGGAAUUUGCGAAAGAGGCGGUUAAGAUACUUACAGUGACGCACGGCGCUAGCAAUCGAUUGAUAUCUGAAGCACGAAUGCUUGUAAUAAAUCAAAUACCGAUGUAGAAAAGUCUAUAAAAAUCGAUAAGGCAUUAUCUAUUAAUUAAAGCUAAAGAGUCCAAAAG